AUGGGUGAGAUGUCCACCAUGCGACCUUUGAACCGUCAAUCCCCCAAGGCCAAGGCCGGCGCCUCGGGCGCCUCGGGCGCCUCGGGCGCCUCGGGCGCCCAGUCCCGAAUGAAUUUGGCCUUUCCUCUGCGUGCCUUAGUCGAGAGGAUCAACGUCAAUGAUGACCCUGCCUGGGCUGCCUGUAUGAGCCCUGACAUCAUUCGAGCUGAGCGUGCGGAGCGAUCGGCCAGAGAGACUGCCAGGGAGAUCCCGAGGGAGAUCCCAAGGGAGAUCCCGACGAGGGAGGAAUUGCCCAGGUUGCUGGGGGCCAGGUCAUCAAUUUUGGAGGUGCCGGCGGAGCAUCAGACCUCCGUGGGCUGUUGUGGUCAUUUGCAGCUCACUGGAAGAGUUUGGGAGCUCUCUCAGGACGCCAAAGGAUGCCGAGACGUACAACGUGCCAUCGAAGAAGCUGCGGAUGAUGUGACACGAUCGCGCUUGGUGACAGAGCUUGCUGGGCACGUGCUAGAUGCUAUGCGAUGUCCGCACGCGAACCACGUCCUUCAGAAGUGCAUCACUUGUUCCAGGCCUCACGAUUGCCAGUUCAUCGUUGAUGAGAUUAUGGCUUGUCAUGGUUUUGCGGAGCUGGCUGCUCGUCACAAGUUUGGGUGCCGCAUCAUUCAGAGGCUUGUUGAGCAGUGUCCACAGCAGGUCGAAGGGAUGGCUUCGGCGAUUCUAUCGGACGUCAGCAGCAUUGCCAGACAUCCCUACGGCAACUAUGUCCUACAGAAUUUGCUGGAGCAUGGAAACCCGUCUCAACGGGGCCGGCUGGCUGAGGAGCUCAGGUUGAAUGUGGCUCCCAUCUGCCAGGCUAGAUUCGAUGCUAUCGACUUCAUCCAUUCGACCAAGCUGUCUCACGAGGACACGAUGUCCUUGGCUAAAGCUAUAGUUCAGGAAGAUGGGCUGCUGACUUUCAUGGCGCACGCUCGCCAUGGACAUGCGGCAGUGCGGCUGAUUCUUCAGGCACUUGAUGGCCCCAACCGCGCGAAAGCCCGAGACUUGCUCUGUGCUGAACUGCCAUCCCUCAAAGUUUCAAGGUAUGGCAGAGUAGUUGCCGGCUGGAUCGAAGCAGAGGGCAGGAAGGCAGGAGCAUUCCUCAGGGAAGCGUUGUCACUGGGAGCCGUUGUCCAAGUAGUUUAG